AUUUUAACAUUUCUGACUUUAUAUGACUAAGAGACAAUAUUUAUUAAUUGCAUUCUUAAAGAUAUAAUUUAACGUUUCUGACUUAAUUUAAAUAAAAUACAAUAUUUAUAUAUUGCACUCAAGUAUUUGUCAUUUUCAGACAAGCACUACCAUCCCAGCUGUUGCUGCUGAUCCUGUUCUCCCUACAGCCGCUAUUGUGUGUAUUGCCAUUGGUGGAUAUCUCCUCAUUGUUAUUAUAAUAUUAAUGGUCAGACAAUGUUUGCUGUCCAGAGGUAUCUGCGGUGAGUGUAAUUGUUGUGGGAAGGAGGGGGAGCCACAGUGCUGUGAAUGCUGGAUUGGAUUUGCUGAAUGCUGCAACUGUUGUCGAUCACCCAACAUUGAGUCAUGUUUGGAUUCAGUGUGCCCUCAGAGAAGGAGCAUGGACUUUGCUGAUAUUGUGACAUGUCAGUGCUGUGGUGAAGGAGGAUGCUGCGGUGAAAAUGAACAAUGUUGUGAUUGUGGAAACUGUGGCUGCAACUGCAAUUGUAACUGCGAUGAAUUGAACUGCUUAUGCUGUCAGAUCAGUCUCAAAGAUGCAGCUCCACCACUAGAUGAUGACUAAAAAUCAAACACACAAAACUAAUAAUUUUAUGGUGUUCAAUAAAAAAAA